UAUUUUUCGUAGGGUCAGUGGGGUAAAAGUAGGGGUGGGUGGUAUCCACCGAAUAGCAAGGGUAGAAUUCGGGAUUCUUCAGACAAAUUGCCUUUGUUAUCUCUACAAGUCUUCUUCUAGUCCUCAACGCUCCCUCUACCUUUUUUUUGUUCUCUCUCUCUACAUCUGCAUACGUUCAAAAAUUAUCAGCUCAGAUCCUUCGGAUUCAUCAUGGCUAACGCUGCAUCAGGCAUGGCUGUGCACGAUGAUUGCAAACUGAAAUUUUUGGAGUUGAAAACUAAAAGGGCUUUCCGCUUCAUAGUAUUCAAGAUCGAAGAAAAGCAAAUCAUUGUGGAAAAGCUUGGUGAGCCAGCUGAAAGUUAUGAGGACUUCUGUACACACCUGCCUGCAGAUGAGUGUCGUUAUGCAGUCUAUGAUUUUGACUUUCUGACAAAGGAAAGUGUCCCAAAGAGCAGGAUUUUCUUUAUUGCAUGGUGUCCCGAUACCUCUAAGGUUAGAAGCAAAAUGAUCUAUGCUAGUUCCAAGGAUAGAUUUAAGAGGGAGCUGGACGGAAUUCAGAUUGAGCUGCAAGCAACUGAUCCUACUGAGAUGGGUCUGGAUGUUUUCAAAAGCCGUGCCAACUAAAUAAACAUCUCUAGUACAACAUUGGAUGUUCUCUUUACUUUGUGGAAGAGAAAUGUUAAUAUUUGUUGGGACAGGAGGGGUCGGCUUUGUUGUUAAACUCUAUUUGAAAGGCUUGUCAACUUGUAGACAUUAUGUGGUUUUGAUCUUAUUUUGUGAUGUUUGUGUGUGGAACUCAUACCAUAAGUAGCUUUUGGGGCUGGUACGAAUCAAAAUUGUUACUGGAUUGUUCCUUCUUUUGACUUUGUAUGUUCUGUUGCAACUUUUGUAAUCCAUUUAUUCAUUAUAAUGCUGGUUGGUUGGCCGCUGCUGCGAUAA